GGGGCUUCGCUGGUUCUAGCGCGCGCUCACCUUAAACAGCUUACACUUUGUGUUUGUUUGUUUUUUCCCCUCCAGAGAAGGAGCUAGUUUCAUUUUAAUGCAGAUAUGAAUGUCAUGAUUUAUUUGCUUUUUGCGGUGAUUCACCUGGCUUCAUCUUUAACUGUUGACAUCCCAAAGGACUCUUAUGAUUUUGCUCGUGGUGACUCUGCAGUUAUACCAUGCAAGUUCCUGACCAAGAUAACUGGCAAACCAGUCAUAAUCCUAUGGACUGCACAGCCAGAUAAUCCUGCUGAUCCUGCUAUUGACAUCCUCACAUAUUACGACUUUGCAAAUGGAGAAACUGGACUGGACAUCAGUUCAGAAUACAAGGGCCGAGCUUCACUUAAGCCAGACAUUGGCAAAGGAUGGGCAAACUUGACAAUGGCAUCUCUUGUAUCAAAGGACAGCAGAGACUAUGAGUGUGAAGUUAGAAUUCCUGGUGACAGCGAAGGACAAUUAUCAGAUGUCACUCAGGUUGUGGUUUUGGUGAUGGCUGAAGGUUGAUAAGGAGGGAGAGAGCAGAGAGGUGGCGUUCAUCUCCCAACUGGAGCAUUUGUGUGUGCGCAAAGUGACACACAAUAGACAGAGCUGAAAAUCUGUAGAGAAAUAAAAUGAGCAAAUUUACCACCACUA